UGGGACCACAUAUCCCAUUCCACCGAAGCAACCACGACUUCUGGUUAGGUCUAUGAAUAAGGAUUUCCUGUUGGAUUGCUGAGUCGCAUUAUUUUAGACAAAGCUUGCAAAUUAAUCUUUUCCGAGAGAUCUGAUGUCUUAAAUAGUUUAUAACUGUAGUGUGCGGUCUUAACGGAGUUGUAUCCGCAGGAAACGUUAGCUUUCAAUACAUUCUUUAAGUAGCCAGCUAACCUAACUUAGCUAUCGUUAGUCUGUCAAAAAUGUCAGAGCCGACGGUCGCAGAUACUCGCCGGUUAAACUCAAAACCUCAGGAUCUUACGGACGCCUAUGGUCCACCCAGUAACUUUCUUGAAAUCGACGUUUAUGAUCCUCAAACCGUUGGUGUUGGACGAAACCGUUUCACCACGUACGAGGUCCGAAUGAAGACAAACCUCCCAAUUUUUAAGAUGAAGGAGUCCUCUGUGCGAAGACGAUAUAGUGACUUCGAGUGGCUGAAAAAUGAACUCGAACGAGACAGUAAGAUUGUUGUGCCUCCCUUGCCAGGGAAGGCAUUGAAGAGACAGCUACCCUUCCGUGGAGAUGAGGGUAUAUUCGAAGAGUCCUUCAUAGAGGAGCGAAGAGUUGGCCUUGAGCAGUUCAUCAACAGAAUUGCAGGCCAUCCCCUGGCCCAGAACGAACGCUGCCUACAUAUGUUUCUUCAGGAUGAGGCUAUUGACAGGAACUACAUCCCAGGAAAAGUAUGAAUGAAAAAUCUCUGCCCCCUCCCUCCAGACACCAGAGAGGAAGAGAGGUCUGGUGGCACCCCCACACCGUCCCUCAUGAUCCCCGCUCUACCAUCACCACAGGCCCGGGAAGCACACAUGCUCACACAUACACACACACACACACACACACACACACCUACAUGCAUACACAUACACACACCUCUGGCUUAUUUCAUAAAGGCCCAGCUUUCGCUGACUACCCUACCAGCAUUCUCUAUUCCUCUGUACAUACUGUUGUCCUCUUGAGCAAGACAGCACCAGUGCACUGUGUGUGUGUGUGUGUGUAUGUGUGUGAAAGAGAGAGUGGGUGAGUGAAAGGGAGCCCAGAACACUUCUGGAAGUAAAAACUGGUGCAAUGCUGCUUCAAAAAGCCCAGGAAAAGAAAUGAAAUCAUUUGCUUGAUCGCUGAGAAACAUUAGGAUGGAAUAUGACUGCUGCUUGCCCCAUCUCCCUGAAUUGUUCUGUUUUCACUUCAGUCAUCGAAGAUUAAGUGUCAGUUACCACAAUUAUGGCAGUGGGUGAUGAUUCUUAGCAUACAUCCAUCAGUCUGGUGCAUGUGACAUUAUAUUACACUCAUUUCCCCUUCUGAUCUCACCAUUCUCCAAAUGCUCCCCUCACCCCCACUCCCACAAACAAAAACAAAAAGAAACUUCAGCCAUUGCUAUUGAUACAACUUCAAAUUCUCGUACAGAAAACAAGUUUGUUGCAUCACAGUUUUGUUAUUCUGAAGUUAACACUUUCUCCAUUUACAUCUGUCUGCUUUCAUACAGAGUGAGUUGUACAGGUGUUUCAUUCAGUAAAAACAAAUUAUCAUUCCUUCACCUCAACAGUGAUUUUACGGUGUGUCCCGGUUGCAUCUCUGAAUUAUCUGGGGAUUGUGUCAUUCCAUUGGCAUUAAUGCUUAUCUUGCUGUCUAUGGAGCAUUUUAUUUGUACAUUCCUCUACUCAUGCCACUGUCAUUAACAAUUCCCCAAUAUCAUUUAUACACCAUGACAGAAUGUAGCAAUGGAGGGUGAGAAGAUCCCACUAAAAUGGACAAUGUCUUCCUGUAAGCCAACAUUCCAUGUAUUAUCUGCAAGCAACCUGCUCUUUAUGUUUUAUACCAAGGUUAGCCAUGAUAUGUUUGUCCUUUUUUCUUACUUUUUUUUUUUUUUAAGCUUCUAACGUGUGCGUCUUUGACGUCCCAGCUUUUGUAAGUGCUGUCCAGAAUGUAUGGUUAUCUUACAUGCUUUCAUGCUGUAUAAAAUCACUGUGAAUAGAAUAUCCACUGUAUUCAAAAAAGUAAAAAAAAAAACAGCUUGUAUCUGUUGGGCCUGUUUGUUUAAAUUUGGUUAAUUUCUUCAUUUUCAUGGCUGUAUACUCUGAAUUAUACAGGUGAACUUUUUAUUUUCAUACAAAUCGCCUUGUGGUUUCUAUCCAUCAUUAAAGUUGCCUCUGCCUGCUUA